AAGAACAUUUGGCAUUUAUUUAUUUGUUUUUCAUUGAUUAGUGAGCAUUAAGUAUACUUUACAAAACUUAUGUGGUGCUCCUACUUCCAACUGGUUGAUACAGGCAAUGCAGGGCAAGGAUUUACACCACAUGUUAUUUCUGUAGCUGCUGGUGAGGAUGUGGGACAGAAGAUUAUGAUGUUCAUGCAACAAAGUAAGCGUGAAAUAUGUAUUUUGUCAGCAUCUGGUUCAAUCUCUAAUGCUUCUCUGCGACAGCCAGCAACUUCUGGAGGCAAUAUUACUUAUGAGGGUCGGUUCGAGAUUAUUUCAGUGUCUGGAUCUUACGUACGUACCGAGCUUGGAGGGAGAGCCGGCGGGCUCAGCAUUUGUCUAUCUAGUACAGAUGGCCAAAUUAUUGGAGGAGGUGUUGGUGGACCACUAAAAGCUGCAGGCCCAGUACAGGUUAUUGUUGGUACAUUUAUGCUCGACACCAAGAAGGAUGUCAAUGCGGGUAUGAAAGUUGAUGCUUCUGCCAGUAGAAUGGCAUCACCAGUUGGUGGGGCAUCAGUAUCAAGUAUAGGGUUCCACUCAGCUGUUGACUCAUCUGGAAGUCAUUUCAUGAUUCAGCCUCGGCCCAUGCAUGUGACAACUUCACGGCCCACAGAUUGGAGGGGUGGUCCUGCUGCUGGUUAUGAAUUGACAGGAAGAACAGGUCGUGGAGCACACCAAUCUCCAGAAAAUGGGGACUACGAGCAACUUCCAGAUUGAGGAUUACAUUUGGGCUUCGAAAGCACUGUUUUUCCCGUAGAUAGAUGUAUAAUAUCUAUGUAUUCCGGAACUCAAUCAGCUAAUGCUGUUUAUAGUAUGCACCAUCCAUGAGAGGUUAUAUCCUCUGAGAAUCACAUGCUUGUGCAUUUUGUUUCAAUAUUUUCCUGCCUCCAUUUCUCAUGGCCUAAUUGCAUAUUGGGUGGAUGGCUAUUUUGUCGUUAGUCUAAGAUAAAUAAUUUAUUAGCUAUAUGCUAUCUUAUAUUUAAGCUCUUUUUUACCCAUAA